AUGUCUUUCACAAAUGGAACUUCUCCAGUGGUUUUAUCACAAUACGAUCCAACAGGGCAAUAUUUAUGUUAUGUGAGUACCGCACUGGAUAAACAAAAAAUAUCUGUGGAACCAGUAAAUAAAACACAGAAUGAUUCUCUUCUAAAUGAAAACGCUUUAUUAUUAGACAACUCAAAUCUAAAGGUUACUUGUUUACAAUGGUCCUUUUUAUCUAAUAACGAAACUUUAUGUGUCUUCAUUGGCUUAAAUAACGGUGAAAUUUGGUUAUAUUCUCCAUUGGCAAACGAAAUUGUUGUUAAAAUAUCUACUGAGAACUCAUACAAAAUUAAGGAUUUAUUUAUCUUUUCAAAUAAACAACUUUGGUGCAUUGAUUCAAAUGACUAUAUUUAUCACUUCGAUUUAACAGAGUUCCAAUUAGUUAAUAAAUUUAAAUUAGAUGGAUGCUCUCAAUUAAAUAAAAUUUUAGUUAUCUCCGAUCAAAAAUUGUUAUUGGCAUCACACCAAAUUUUUUUGAUCCAUAUUGUUACCAAAGAGUGUAUUAUGACCUAUCCAGGCCAUAUCUCUCCAGUUAAUAAUUUAAGACUGUUAAAUAAUGACACUUUUAUUUCAGGCGCACAAAAUGAUAGAUUUUUAAAUGUAUAUGAUUUAGAUAAAGGUUCCACUAAGUCUGUUCUUGUUGCACAAUCAGACAUCAUUAAGAUGGUCAAUGACAAUGAGACAGCCGUUGCAGUAAUCACGGAGAAUGGAAUCGUUGAGUUAUUUGUUGACCCCUUGAUUAAUAAUACUAAUAAAAGAAGAGCCUUAAAAUCUAAACAGGCCUCAAGAAGAUUAAAAUUAUUGCAAAAUGAUCAAAAUGGCAUCGAAAUCCCAAUUAUUGACAUUUUUAUUCAAAAAGAUACAUUAAAUGUGAUGUAUUUACAAAAUGCUACAAUCCCAUAUUUCCAUCAAAUGAUUUGGAAACAAUGGACUGAAAUUGAUAAUCCUGUAUCUUUAAAUAUAUCGACUAAAAAGUUCAACCAAUCAAGAGAUCGCACUUUACAUGGACAAGAUAUUGCGUCUGUGAUUACAUAUAAAGAAGGUAAUGUUAGUGUGACUGCAGGUGAUAAUUUUAAACAUGUAGAAGAGUUGAUCAAGGGUUGGGAACUUGAAACUAAAGAACUUGAAAAUGAUAGAUUAAAUGAAGAAAACCAUAUUGCAAUUGAAUCAUUGGCUGACAAAGUUAUGGCUAUCUCGGGUGGUGAUACACGUAAAAAAUCGAAGAAAAAAGGUCCAGUCACUGGUACAGUGACAAUUAUUUUGUCACAAGCCUUGCAGUCUAAUGACCAUUCAUUAUUAGAAAAUGCCUUAAAUAAUCGUGAUGAAAGAAUCAUUAGAGAUACUAUAAUGAGACUAAAACCGAGUCUCUCUGUGAUAUUAUUAGAAAGGUUGGCUGAAAGGAUCGCCAGACAAACUCAUAGACAAGGUGCAUUGAACGUUUGGGUCAAAUGGUGUUUGAUUAUCCAUGGCGGCUAUUUAGUUACAAUGCCAAAUUUAUUGAAGACACUUUCGUCUUUGCAUUCUACAUUAAGGAAUAGAGGCAAUACAUUGAACAGACUAUUAGCAUUAGAGACAAGGUUAGAUAUAAGUUUGAAUAGGUUAAAAAUAAAUAACACACCUGAUGAGACUUUGUAUGGAGAUGAGGAACAAGAGGUCGGCUUAGACAUUGAAGAUGAAGAUGAUGUUGAAUAUAAUGAAGAACUAGACGAUGCAGGUCUUAUAGAAGAUGGAGAGGAUGGCAUUUCAGAAGAUAGUAGCGAAGAAGACUUUGAAGAAGAAGAUAUGCCUAAUAGUGAUAACAGUGAAUACAGAAAGUCGAUUCGAAAUAAUAGGGAUGACGUGAAGGAACAUGUACUAAUGUCUGGUGUAGGUGAGGUAGAGGAAGGUUACAGUGAUGUAGAGAUGUCCUAA